AUAUAUUUGUGGAUAGAUAUGUAUUGUAUGUAUUUUAUAUCAGAACUGAAGGUUAGAAACACUCAAACACUGAGAGGAACAGGAAGUGUCGAGGUUCAGGUUGAACUCAAAUGACGCCCCAGGAUGAACACAACGCUCCCCGAGGGUUCAUCCUCUGGGCACCGAGAGAGACAACGAUGUCACGGACCUGAACGUCCGACUCCUCUGACAUCACUCGAGUCGACGGUCGGGCCAAUCGGCGACCGCUCCCGUCCAAUUACCUCUCAGCUCAUGCUUCAGAGGCGCGGCUCCUCGACUUUUACUUUACUUUAUUUAUUCCAGAAACACUGACGUGACUCUCGUUCGUCGCUCUCUGAAUCCUGACAUGUUGUUUCUGUUGGCGGAGCGGCUCGACCGGUCGGAGAGCGACUCAUCGGCCGAGGAGUGGACCGCCCUGUGAUGCAAUCCCACAUGGCCGCAUUCCAAUCCGCUUCUUCCGUCGUCGUGAUUCAACAAAAAGUAUUUAAAACAGAAUGCCCGUGGAGACGCGCUCCAUCAGAGACAGAUCCGCCGUGGGUCGCUUUCCCUCCGUCACUCUCGAAUUCGGAGAAGACGAGGAGGAAGAUGAUGAAGAGCAGGACGACGACCGCGGAGACGACGGCGAGAAGGAGACGGCGUGCCGCCGCUGGCUUCGGGCGGUUUGCCCGUGUUGCUGCCGCGAACCCGACGACGCCGACGACAUCACCGACACUCUGGACACCGGCAUCGACGAUCUGGACGAGGGGGGAGGAGAGGAGGAGGAGGAAGAGGAGGAGGUCGAGAAGGCCGACGGCGAGCUUAACGACCUCCUCCUGAAGGUCCACUCCGUCGACCUGAUGAAGAGCCAAUCGGGUCAGAACCGCGCCGAGCACCACACGGACCGCUACCAGAGCGACGACUUCAUCAUCCGCAGAGGGCAGCGGUUCCAGAUGUGGGUCACGUUGUCCCGGGCCUUCAGCGGCGAGGGCGACGCCCUCCACCUGGAGCUGAGGACGGGGUCUUUGCCGACGGUGUCAAAGGGAACUCACGUCAUCGUCCCCCUGGUGGACGAGUUGGAGCACGACCGCUGGGCGGCCGCCGUGGUGCGGCGGGACGGCAGCCGGCUGCUGCUGGCGGUGAACUCCUCCCCCGCCGCCGCCGUCGGCCGCUACGAGCUCACGGUGGAGACGAACAACGCCAGCGGCCAGAGCGUCUCCGUGCGCGACCCGGCCAACGACGUCUACCUGUUGUUCAACCCCUGGUGCAAAGACGACGCAGUGUUCAUGGACUCCGAAGAGGAGAGGCAGGAGUACGUCAUGAACGACAUCGGGCGGAUGUACUACGGCACGAGGGAUCAGAUCGGCGUGCGGACGUGGAGUUACGGACAGUUUGAUGACGGGAUCCUCGACGCGUGUUUCUUCAUCCUGGAGAAGAGCGGAACACCCCCGUCAGGGUGGGGCGACCCGGUCAAUGUGGUGCGGGUCAUCUCGGCCAUGAUCAACUCCCCCGACGACCGCGGCGUCGUGGAGGGGAACUGGUCCGGCAGCUAUCCGCUGGGAACCAGUCCAACGGUCUGGAGCGGGAGCGUCGAGAUCCUGAAAGAAUACCACGAGAACCACGGCAACCCCGUGAAGUACGGCCAGUGCUGGGUGUUUGCUGGCGUGUUCACGACAGUUUUACGGUGUCUCGGCGUUCCCAGUCGACCCGUGACCAACUACAGCUCUGCCCACGACACGGACGUCUCCCUGACGACGGACAUCUACCUGGACGAGAACCUGGACCCAAUCGACGAGCUCAACGGCGACUCCGUCUGGAAUUUCCACGUGUGGACCGACUGCUGGAUGGCGAGGCCCGACUUGCCCCUAGGCUACGGAGGCUGGCAGGCCGUGGACGCCACGCCUCAGGAGACCAGCCAGGGAACCUUCCGAUGCGGCCCCGCCUCCCUCGCCGCCAUCUGCAACGGACAGGUGUUCCUCAAGCACGACGCCCCAUUUGUGUUCGCCGAGGUGAACAGCGAUAAAAUCUACUGGCAGAGGAAGAUAGACGGGACCUUCAGUCAGAUCUACAGCGAGAAGAAGCUGGUGGGCCACGCCAUCAGCACGAAGGCCGUGGGCACCGACGAGCGCAGCGACAUCACGCACCUCUACAAACACCCCGAAGGGUCGGAGCCGGAACGCAUCGCGGUGGAGACGGCGUCCCGCUACGGCUCCAAGGCGGAGGCCUACACCUCCCCCACGGCGGAGGACGUCUCCGUGGUAGUGACUAUGGACGGCGAGGGGCCGAAGAUGGGUGGCGACGCCGGUCUGACCGUCACGUUGAGGAACGGCAGCUCGGAGCGGCGGCGGCUCGUCCUGCACAGCCAGGUGGCGGUCAUGUACUACACCGGCGUCCACAAGGCCACCGUCAGGAAGGACGAGACGGAGGUGGACCUGAUGCCCAACGAAGUCAACAUGUUGGAUUGGAACCUGGAGUACAAAGACUACAAGGACCAGCUGGUGGACCAGGCGGCUCUGAUGCUGACCCUGUCGGGCCGGGUCAAAGAAACCCAGCAGGUCUUCGCCACUCAGUUCAGUUUCCGCCUCCGGACCCCAGACCUCAUCUUAAAGCCAAUAGGAAAGGCCGUGGUCGGAGAAAAGAUGGCGGUAGAGAUUUCCUUCACUAACCCACUCCCGCAGGUGCUGAAGGCGGUGAUAUUCCAUGUGGAAGGACUCGGCCUCCUCAGUGCUCGAAAGAUUCAUCAUGGAGAUAUCGGCGCUCGUGAAUCGGUGACUCUGACCGAGCAGCUCGUGCCCUCGCUGGCCGGGCCCAGGAAAUUACUGGCUUCCCUGGACAGCAGGCAGCUCACGCAGGUUCACGGCGUGGCCGACGUCACGGUGGAGGGGAAGAGCCACGGCGCUCUGUAGCCACGGCGAUGUGUAGCCACGGCGAUGUGUAGCCACGGCGAUGUGUAGCCACGGCGCUCCAUAGUCACGCAUUCAUACGGAAGGGUUUUAUUCAAAUGAACCAGAGAGAGACAACUCAUAAAACAUGGAAGAGAAAAAAAGAUGCCGUCCCUCAAGAUGUUUACUUUUGUAAAAAGAAGAAGAGGCACUACGUUGAGAUUGUGUUUUUUUAUGCCAUAUUUGUAUGGAGAAUAUUUAUUUAAAAUCUGUAAAUACUGGUUCAAAUGCUCUUGUAUUAUUUUAAACAAAGACAAUUUAAAGUGUA